CGUUUGGUCUGAAUCUGGCCGGAACUCUCUGCGGACAGCUGUGCACCGUGACACACCCACCGGCAGCGUGAUACAUCCGCGUUCAGCGUCUUCACUGACGUCACGUCUUUUAAAGCGGUACACACAGCGCACGCCACGCUCCCGCCUCCCGACCUGCAGAGCCGCGGCGUCAUUGUGCCCGGAGCCAUUUGUUGCGUUUCCCUCCGCCGAAAGAUUUCACCGGACAGAUCCGCUACAGAUACCCGCCGGCGACAAACAUGGCCACCACAGAGGCUAAAAACAAGCUGUCAAACGGGGUCACUCGUCUCCAUUCGAGCCGGGAAGUAAACUGUGGGGGGGUCGCUUCCUGGGAGACACUGAUCCCAUGAUGGAGAAGUUCAACGCAUCCAUCGCUUAUGACCGGAGGAUGUGGGAUGCUGACAUCAGAGGGAGCAAGGCUUACGUGAAGGCUCUGGAGAAGGCCAAGCUGGUCACCACGGAGGAGAUGAACCAGAUUUUACAAGGGCUGGAUCAGAUUUCUGCAGAGUGGUCUAAAGGUGUUUUUGAGAUCAAACCUGAAGAUGAGGACAUUCAUACUGCCAAUGAGCGCAGGCUAAAGGAGCUGAUAGGUGCACCUGCAGGGAAGCUGCACACUGGCAGGAGCAGAAACGACCAGGUCGUGACUGACAUGAGGUUGUGGCUGAGAGAUGCCAUCUCAACCCUGACCGACAAUGCCCUUCAGCUGAUGUCCACCAUGGUGGAGCGGGCAGCAGCAGAAAUUGACGUCCUGUUUCCUGGUUAUACCCACAUGCAGAGAGCACAGCCAAUCAGAUGGAGCCACUGGAUUCUCAGUCAUGCUGUUGCUCUAAGCAGAGAUGUUGACCGACUUCUGGAGAUCAAGAAAAGAGUUAAUGUUUUGCCUCUCGGCAGUGGCGCCAUCGCUGGAACACCAUUCGACAUCGACAGGGAGCUGCUGAGGAAAGAGUUGGAGUUUGAUGGCAUCAGUCUUAACAGCAUGGAUGCCACGGGCCAGCGGGACUUUGUGGCGGAGUUCUUGUUCUGGGCUUCGUUGUGUUUGACCCAUCUCAGUAAGAUGGCCGAGGACCUGAUGCUGUACAGCACCAAAGAGUUCUCCUUCGUCUCGCUCUCCGACGCCUACAGCACAGGCAGCAGUCUGAUGCCCCAGAAGAAGAAUGCUGACAGUCUGGAGCUGAUCAGGAGUAAAGCAGGUCGCGUCUUUGGCAAAUGUGCUGGCUUCAUGAUGACACUGAAGGGCCUGCCCAGCUGCUACAACAAGGACCUGCAGGAGGACAAGGAGGCCAUGUUCGACUGCUUUGAUACGGUGCACGCUGUGCUGCAGGUGACAACUGGAGUCAUGUCAACUCUCAAGAUUAACCAGAGUGUGAUGGAAGCCGCUCUCAGUUCGGACAUGUUGGCUACUGACUUGGCCUACUACCUUGUGAGGAAGGGGGUGCCGUUCAGAGAGGCUCAUGGUAUUUCAGGUAAAGCUGUGUUUGCAGCUGAAUCCAAAAAUAUCGCCCUGAAUCAACUCACUGAGGGUGACCUGAGUGCUGUUAGCCCUCUGUUUGGAAGUGACGUAUCCUCAGUGUGGGACUACAGGAGCAGUGUGGAGCAGUACAGCGCCCCCGGAGGCACAGCCAAGUGUAGCGUUGCUGCACAGGUAGAACACCUGAGGAACUGGAUUCAGAAACGGACACAGUGACCUCGACCGAAUUUCACUUUCAUAUUUUGAAUCCGGUUUACUGACACAAUUUAGAUUAUUAGGAAAUGUCAGAUUGAGGUCAAAUUGACUGAUUUAUGACUUGAAAACCAUGAUGCCUUUCAAUAGUCUCCUCUCCUGUUAGUGCAUAUGAUGUGUCAGUUGCUAUGUAACCAGGGGAGGUUUCACAGAUCAUGAGUGUUACAAAAUAAAUGAAUGUUACUCAAACUAA